UAGAACAUUUACUGGAACCCGCUAUGUAUCUUUGUCUGUAAGGAUUUUUAUGAAGUUUAGGAAUCCAGUUAAGAAAUGGAAGCCAUCACUCUUACUGGAAGUUGAUUUACCACAGGCAAACAUAGGAAUAUGGCUUGGAAUGGCAAUGUUGAAGAUUUAUUGAUUAUGGAGAACAACAGAAGUCUACCGAUCGCGAGCUCUUGGGAUAAUCUAACGUAUAACAAAAUUGGAAGGAAUACCUCUACGAUUUCCUUAGUGACUUUAGUUAUUGCAAUACUAUUACUUAUAACUGGAAUGUUUGGGAACUUUUUUACAAUCAUAUUAAUUUUUUUGAAAAAAAAAUUGCAUACACCAACUUACACGUGUAUAGCUUGUCUUGGAAUUGCUGACGCAUUAGCAUCAUGUUCUCGGUUUGUUUUACUACUGCACAACUAUUUCGGAAUAUUUAAUUAUUACGAGGAAAUUGCAAUAUACAUUAUAAUAGUUAUCUUUUUCCUACAUGCAGCAAAUUUGCACAUAGUUUUGUUUGCAUAUUUACGUUGUGAAUUGAUUUCGUCACCGCUUCAAAGUGUUGAAAUCACUUGUCGAAAAGUUUUAAGGAUUUCCAUCGUUAUUUGGGUACUUAGUGCUGCUAUGGCGUUUGCUUAUGGUACGGUUAUAACUUUGGAACUCACAAAUAUUGUAACACAUGUGAAUAGUUUUCUCACAGACUUUGUUCUAUUGUCAUAUAUUUACUUUCUGCCUUUGUUCCUUAUCGUGUUUUUCCAUAUUAAGAAAAUAAGAACAUUAAGGCAGAAACAAUAUCAGUCUAAACGAACAAAUACGCCAACUUAUACACAUAUGUCACAUUCAAUGUCUAUUAUGUUUAUCAUUAUCAUUGUCAUAUUCAUUUUCAGUUCAACUCCGUUAUAUAUACAUGUAAUAAUGGUUUACGUCUGUGCUGAGGGAAAAUCUAAAUAUGUUCUUUGCAUUUGGACUACAGUAAGCUAUUCAAUAUCCAAUCUUUGUGUAAUGCUGAAUAAUUGUAUAAACCCGAUCAUUUAUUUCAUGUUUUCUACUCCUGCACGCAAAUUUCUUAACAGAUGUCGAACAUUUUGGACAUGAUUUGUAAUAAUGUUUGCAGUAAAGUCUACUACUACAGUAUUUAUCUGUACAAUAACUAAAGUCUGAAAAAUAUCAAAGCUAUGUAGUGUGAUUCAUGAAAUAAACUAUAAGCUUUUGAUCAUCCAAGGCAUUCUAAAUGCAUAUUAUCUCUAUCUCCAGAGAA